GUCUCGCCCCUGGACGAGCAGGGCAUCUUCAAGUUCGCCUUCAAGACCAGCAACGGCAUCAAUGUGCAGACAGCGGGCAGUGCCCUGGAGACCAUUGGCAUCUUUAGCUACACCUCGCCGGAGGGCGUGCCCAUCGAGACGCGCUACAUAGCCGAUGAGCUCGGCUUCCAUGUGGUGGGCAAGCACCUGCCCCGGCCGCCGCCCACGCCCAGCUACAUUCUGCGCGCCCUGGAGUACAUACGCACCCACAACGAGGAUGGCAGCCCGAAGGCCCCAACACUGUGAAACACGUCGUAGCUCUUAAUCAUUCAGAAGAAGGCUGAUAWUACCGUGUAGUAACCUGCUAAUAUCUACUGUUAGUUCUCGUAUAGCUUCUAGAUCGUGUCACCUGUUAUAAAUCAUCUGCUCCUUCACACACCUUCAUCUAAAUAUAGCUCCAAAAAUAUAAUCAAAUUACACAAAAUCUUUUGCGUGUUUCAGUUUUGGUCUGAUGACCCCAACAAAUCAGCUCUUGUUACGAGAUUAGCCAUAAAAGCUGUUAAUAUGAUAAUCAA